AUGGACGAAUGUGUAGACGAUGAAUAUGACCUUGAGCUGGGUGUUGCCCUGUCACUGUCCCAGGCAGAGGCUGCAAGUGACGGGAAGCCUGUUCUACCGCUUGUACGGCGCAAAAUACUGCCAGCAGUGACAGUUGCUCCAGGCAAUAAGAAGCUGCUAUCUAACAUACACCGGGAUGACAAGAAAAUGGCCAAACAUAUAGACAACGUCAUAAAGAAAGCCUUCCACACACUUCAGGUUAUAGGCGGGGCAGAGCAAACUUCUAGUGACCACAUAGAUGUGGAAACUUUGGAAAUCGCAUUAACUAGGUUAGGAUACCCAGUGGGUACAAUGGAGCUCCAGCAGAUGUUACACUGCUACAUAUCGGAUCAACCCUCUGGAGCCAUUUUGGAUGACUAUACCCUCUACACUCGCGAAACCGUGAAUGGUCGUAACAUAAACUCCGAGUGGCAUCCACCAUGUGCCACUCCUGUAGGCUCCAUUGAUCGGAUUAGCAUCGACGUUUUUCGUGACAUAUUUUUAGAUUGCAACCUUCGUAUGGAGAAGAACGGUAUUAUAUACUGA